CUCUACAGAGUCGGUCGUCAAGCAUUCAAAAGUAACUGAAACGAAGAAAACGGAGAACCGAAGCGGAAAUUACGGAAAGAAAAACCCUGCGGACUGUAAACUGUGAGCGUGGAGUAGAAAAAAUAAAUUAAAUUCGACAAAUCGUUGGAGCUUGAGUGCUGUGCUGAACAAGUGGAAGGAAGGACAGUCAAAAAUUCCAGUUCCUUUUUUACGUCUCUCUUUCUCACCGCCCGUGUGUGAGAGAGCAAGUGUGACUGUGUGAGUGCGAGAAUCUGCAAGAAAGGCAACGCCAAAAAGGGAGAAAUCGAGAAAUAAAACUCAGACGUGUGAAUCACAAGCUGAAUCAUCUCACAGCAAUAGCUGCUUCUGUUGGCCGAAUAAGUAAUUGCAGACGAAUACUUGAUUAUGGAGCACCACGAGGACAACGCUCAGUUUGACAACUACUUGCAGAACCGCUUGGCCGAGAGUCUGCAACUUUCCGGGGGCGCCGGCGAGCAGCAUCUUAAUUUGGCCGACACUGCCCAAGAAGAACACUCCGCUCCUGGCAUCGCGUCCUCGAAAUCGGAUCAACGGGCUGGCGAUGGCGAUGAUGACGAGGAGUGGAAGUACAUUCACGAGGUGCAGCAGACCGAGAAGCUGCAACAUCAGCAGCUAUCGCUGGAAACUGGCAACGGAUUCGGUGGCGGCCGACAGUCUGAGGAUUUAAUCCUGGGAAACGGUGCCGCCGCUGGUUUUACUCUGGCCUACGAGGAGGAGGAUGUAGAAGUUAUUAAGAACGAUGGUGACUUUUCCACGAAUUCCAACACCACGACUUCCACGGGAGAAGUGCCGGCCCAGGAUCAGCAGCAUCCCAAGAAGGCAGAUCCGUUGGCGGAACGGCAUCAACAACAGCAGAUGCAGUCCCAAGAUCAAGAGGACGAGGAUGAGCUAAGCUCUGUGGCCACCACUUACGGAACCAGCAGUCUCAGCGAGAAUAAUCCCACACCCUUGGAGCAGGAGGAGAUAGUGCUGGAGCCCCAGCCAGUUGUCCAAGAAUUGCUGCAGGGCUCGGACAACAAGGAAAACUGUGAUUUUGUACAGGAAGUGGAGGAAAACCACUCCCAGUUGAAUCCCAAUGCUGUUGCUUUUAUCCCUAGCACUGGCUCCCAGCCCUCGUCUCCUCUUUCCGCCGUGGAGGAACCCCUACUCGGCUUGCCUGCCCGCCAGCUGCUGGCUGUUGGCACCUUGGACGAUCUGGUGGCGGAGAGUCCCCGCAAGGGCUCCGCCAGGGAAAACAUGGAUGCUAUUGCAGUGCCCGAUGAACGGGAAUUUGACAUUGAGGCAGAUAAAAGACCCCACGAACUGGAGCAGGAAUCGGAUAUUUUUAACGCAGGACACUUAGAGAUGCAGCUGCUGAAUGGUGUAGGAUCCGCUGAACCAGCCGCCUCAACGGAUGUCCUGGAUCACGGUCCGGAGACUAGUGUCGAUUUGGACUUGUCACUAGAUCAGUUGCCCGCCGGCGGCGACAUCGUAAAGCAACCGCUUUAUGUGGACAACAACGCCUCCAUUGAAGAUAUACUAAAUUCCGUGCAACCCUUGCCAACUCAGGUUGGUGACGAAAAGGAGCUGCUACAUGUAGAAGAGAAGGAGCUUGUUUCGCAGUCGCCUUCUAUUGAGGAGCUCCAAUUCCAGCAGGAGUUCCAGCCAGAGCAUGAUCGACAGGGAUUGUUUAAUAACUCUGACCAGGAUCUCAUGCAGGCUUCUUUUUACUUGGAGCAUACGUCCAUUGAAGCCCAAAAUGACGAUAAGUUUGAGCUGGAGCAGCUCCCUGGCGAGAGCUCCGAAAUGUUUACCAACCAUAACUUGCUGAUGAGCGACACCGUGCAGCAAACCGUACUAAGUCGGAAUUCAAAUUUCUUUGGGUCUUCUGAACUGACAGCCGAGCCACACGAACCCAUUCUGAAGCCUAACGAUGACGAAACAUUUGCACCGCUCCUAGAUAUUACUUUGGCGAAAACGUCGUUAGAGGACGAACUAAUCUGUCCAGAACCACCGAUUCCGGCAUAUAUUAGCUUCGAUUUGGAUGCUAAGGAUGGUAGUAAGAGUGCGGAGCAAAAGGAGCUACCGAUUUAUGGAAAUUUCGUGUCCGAGGAGAAACAGAUUUUGCCUCCAGAGGAGCAACUGCUGCCGGCCGUGGGAGACUCCGUUCCUCAGAAAGAAGAGCUACCCGCUAUAAAACCGAUAUUUGUUGAAAAACAUAUUCCAACAGAAGAGCAGAUUGCUGCUUCCGAGGAACAAGAGCUACCUGUUGGGUCAGAGGUGCCGAAGCUGCCUGAUGCUGUAGAGAAACCGAAUAAUUCCCAGAUUGAAAAUGCUCUGCUUUCUAUGAGAGAGUCAUUGGUGGAAGCCGUUUUAGAAACAAAGAAGGAAGAGAAUAUAGCGGCAUCUUCUGCUAAAAUAGCGAAUGUUGAUGCGGCAGCUACUGCAGUUGCUGCUGCAAUCAAACCCGCUGCUAAAGCUAAACCAGCAGCUGCUCCCAAUGCAAUCAAGAAGACCACAACAAGCUCUGUUAAGACUUCUGUUGCCGAAGCAACCAAGCCGGUCGCUGCUCGUCCACGCACCGCCCCCGUUGCAUCCAAAACUACAAGUAUAUCUUUCAAAUCCACCAAAACUUCGAAUACAGCUCCACUAACAGCAACCACCCGAAAACCAUUAAGCAGCAAUGCAGCAUCUAAUUUAAUUAGCACACGACCAGCCACAGCACCUGUAAGCAAGGCGGCAUUGGGAACUAAGACUACAGCCAGCAAAUCAACUGCAAAUAAAAGUGCACCAGCAACUGGACCGGAGAGCGGAGCUCGGACAACAGCUCGCCCUUUGUCCAGCACUUUAGCUCGCAAGCCAGCCACAAUCGGAUCAGGACCGGCGACUGGAGUCAACGCAGCAGCUCGCAGACCAGUUACAAGUUCGUCAGGGGCAGGAUCUGCUUCAGCCAAACCUCGUUUGGCAGUCACUACUACAGCCCCAGUCAAGACCAAUGCUUUGUCGCCACGCAGCAUCCCUAACACCAGCACCUCUGUACGCAAGGUUCCAAGCACAAACGCCACUUCUCCAUCAGCUCGCAGUCCUGCCAAGCCGACAACCAAUAAUUUGGGCAGGAGCACCAGCUCCACUACCACUACUACAACAACAACGACCACAAAAACUUUUACAGCUCGCCCAGCUCCAAAGUUCACCCACUCGGCCAACUCAACCACUGGCAAUGGGAGCACAAUUCGACGGCUGCUGAUUCCUAGUAGCUCCACCGCGACAUCGGCUUCUACUUUAAGGAAGUCUUCGCCUCUAAAGGCGUCGCCAGCCAAAACUACUGUCAAGACGCUGACACCAAAACCCAAAGAAGGCCCAACCACUAAGGCAUCGCCAGCUGAAUUAAAAACUCGUAGGACUACACCCCUUAAGGGAGCCACUCCAAUCCGGGCAGCAAAAGGAGCAUCAGCUGAAAUUACUUCAAACACCAAUGGCGGGAUCAAUGCAGAGGAAGCCAUCAAGCAUAAUGGAAAUGGCUUACACGUUGUUGAGGAAACCCAGCAGCCUAUUCAAGAUCAACCGGAUCAGGGACAUGUUGUCUACCCCGAAAACGCAGAAGUGUCUUCCCUAAACUUUUAGAGCACAUCCCAGGCUCCAAACCAUAAAGCUGAAACUACUUUACUAAAUAUUAAACAACAUAUAAGGCAAAAGUAAUUAGCGAGAACAGAAAAAUCCUUAAAAAAGUUACGAUCAAAUGAAAGAAGAAACAUUGAAUGCAGCACCAUGAUAAAAUUUAAAACGUACUACUAAUUAAAUUAUGAACUACUUCCCAUUGAAUUAAUUUAUAGUCGGUUACAUUUCCUAUUACUUUCAAAAAUCAAUGUUUGUAUUUUUUAUUAAGUGGACCCAGAGCUUAAACAAUUUUUGUGCUAUUUUGUCAAGGAAACAAAUCAUAAACUUUAUUGUGUGCUCCGUUUUGUUUAAGAACUAAGAUGUUUUAUUUAUUACCGUUCUGUUAUUUGCGCCAGCCCUUCGGCAAAACCAGCGCAGCUGCGUCAAAAUUUAACAAUUAUCAUUUCAAAGAACAAAUGGAAUAAUUAAAGACUAAGGUAAAAAGAAAAAAAUUGAAAAUAAUUAAUAAAAUAUAUUUAAACAUUUUUGUGUCGCAAAAAUCAGAAAACAAACGAUAAUACAAGAUUAACUGUAGCUUUUAGUCUGUAUCCGGUCACGUAUGUAACAAAAAACAAAACAAAAAAGAAUCAAAAAUAAUUCAACAAAAAAUAACUUAUUUUGCGCAGCUGAAACCGUAGAUAACCAGGAAUAAAACUAACAAGAAUCUUAAUUUUCAACAUUCUUACAGACGCAAGACUCAAGAAUACUGUUUGUGUUGUAAACGUUCCUCCAUAACUGAAAAUGAAAAAUCGUGGAAAUUGAGAAGAACCAAACGAGGAAGAAUACUUACCCAGUGUUAUAUUUUAAUUAAAUUUAAAAACGGAAAGUUUCAUUUUUAACCACAUCUUAAAAUCUAUUUUGCUCCUACUUUUUGUGAACAAGGUCAACAUGUAUUAUUAUUUUAUAAUUUUGUUUGUUGUUGCACACGGAAUUCAGAACAACAAAAACAAUUAGCAUAACAUUGAACGUAACAACACCCCUAUAUACACUUUCUUUAUAUUUAUGUAUUACAUAUAAUGUAUGUUAACGAUAUUACCAAGUAAAACAAAACGAGCAAAAAAAUA